UUGGUUGUUUUUUUCUCAAAUUCUUAAAAUGAAAUCAGCAAUUUUUGUACUUUUCAUAAUUUUUCCUUCAAUUUUUGCUUUAUGGGAAGGUUGUGACUACUAUCAAACCCUUAAAUUAGGCGAACAAUAUACCAUUAGUUCCCCAAAUUAUCCAAAUUUCUACGGAAAAAAUCCGUUUUCAUGUCGUUGGACAGCAAAAGCUCCCACGGGAUACAUAGUAGCCUUCAGUUGCUACAUCGAGCUUCCUCAAAGUUCAAAUUGUAAUCGUGAUCGUUUGUUUUUAUCUCGAACUGGGGACCAAACCUUGCAACAAUCUGAAGCGCAUUGCGGUAAAAAGUGGUACGAAUGGGAUUCGUUCGAUGAAGAUGCAGUUCUGGCUCUUUAUGUGCCUUAUACGACUACUGGAGGAAGGUUCCAAUGUAAUUUAUCGGCUGUAAAAAAGACUUGCUCUUGUGGCAUUCGAAAUAAUGGAAGGAAAAAGAAUCCUUAUAUCGUUGGCGGGGAACCCACAGGCGUUAAUGAGUUUCCAUCAAUGGCGGUUUUGGUCGAUUUGACGAGUAGAAGUCAGUAUUGCGGGGGACUUAUCAUCACCAACCGUUUUGCAGUAACAGCAGUACAUUGCAUUGAAAAUAGAAAUCCGAGCCAAAGUGGACUUCUUGUGGGUGAUCAUGAUUACACUACAGGCUCCGAUACUCCUUACUCAGCUUUGUACAAUGUAAAUGCCUUCAUUCCUCAUGAAAAAUAUUCUCAGGCGACAAAGGAAAAUGACAUUGCUUUGGUCCAGACUCGAGAUUCGAUGACUUUUAACUACGGAGUUAGUCCUGUUUGUCUUCCUUUUAGGUACCAAUGGAGUAAUUUCACAAACGUUCAAGUUGAAUUCGUGGGUUAUGGCACCAAAGAAUUCGGAGGUCCUUAUUCAAAAGUUCCUCUCAAAACGACCGUGCGAGUCCUUUCCAACGAAAAUUGCGCCAAUCGCUACAACGGCGCCGAAAAAAUCUUCAAUUCCCAAGUUUGUGCCUUCGCGGGCGGUAAAGAUGCCUGUCAAGGAGAUUCAGGAGGUCCCAUGCUCUAUACAGACCCCAAAGGAAAUGUUUACGAUUUGGGAGUCAUUAGUUACGGCAAAGGAUGCGCUUCGAAUAUGCCAAGUGUGAAUACCCGAAUCACUUCGUACCUCAAUUGGAUUCUUGACAAAACGGGCGAUGAUUAUGAUUAUUGUUAUAUGUGAGAAAAGACUUUUUUUUUUGUUUUUGCAUUUUUGUUCAAUUAGUGAAAAAAAAAAAUAUGCAGGCUCGAAGAAUGUUUUUUUAAAUAAAUAUUAUUAAGAACAAA